AUGGCGUCAACUUCCCGUCCAUAUCCCCCGGGAAUCCACGUGCCCGCCUUGACUUGGUUCCGCGACGACGCCCACCAGGACAUCGAUUGGGAGGUGCAAGAGAAGCACUUGGAGUUUCUGAUCUCCUCGGGGCUGCACGGGAUCGUCCUUGCGGGCACCAACGGCGAGGCUGUCUCUCUCUCCGUGGAUGAGAGAUGCGAGCUCGUCCGUCAGACUCGACAGAUCGCCCGCAGACUCGGCCGGGCUGACAUUCCCAUCACGCUGGGCUGCAACGCAGGAUGCACGCGGGACGUCAUCGAUGCCACCAUCGCCGCGAAGAAUGCCGGCGCCGACUUCGCCCUGGUCCUGAUCCCGAGUUUCUUCCACUUCGCCAUCGACAACGAGGCCAUUAUCUCGUUCUUCAAAGAGGUCGCCGACGCCAGCCCCAUCCCUGUCGUCAUGUACAACUACCCGGCCGUGGCAGGAGGUCUGGACAUCACCUCCGACGUCAUUGAUGCCCUGGGAAGCCACCCCAAUAUCGUAGGUGUCAAGUUCACCUGCGGUGGCAUCGCCAAGGUGGCUCGGGCUGCUGCAGCAUUUCCUCCGGAGCAAUUCAGCGCCUUUGCUGGCCAGGGCGACUGGUUGAUUCCCGCUCUGACGGUUGGAGGCCAGGGUUGUAUUACUGGCCUGGCCAAUUUGUACCCGAAGACUUGUGUCGAGUUGUUCGAUUUGUACCGCUCCGGCAAGGUCGAGGAGGCCCAGAAACUCCAACUCCAAGUCUCAGCCGCCGAGGUUGGGCUCGGAAAGGGCGGCAUCAACGGCACCAAGUGGGUGGUGGCCAAAUUCCUGGGAUACCCCGAAUUCAGCGCCGUCUGUCGGAGACCGUAUCCGCGGUUCACUGACCCGGCAAAGCGGGAGAUGAUCACGAGCAAGAUGCUUCUGCUGCAGGAUGUCGAAGCUCGUCUGACGAAGAGGGGGUAG